GUUAUAGAAGGAAAAGUUUGUUUCCUGAAGCGGAUUAGCUAAAUAAAUAAUGCCGAUAAGGAGGGAUGGAGACAUCAAACACGCGGCCCGUUUUCCCUUGGUACAAAGACAGGUUGCAGACCAAGUAUCUCAAAGCCUCGACAAACAAGGUUUCCUCAAUUGGCAGUUGUUGGCAUUCAGUAAACCUCGACGAAUUCAGUGACUGCUCGUCAGUCUUAUCCGGGGUCCAGACAGGUGUCUCACCGGUUAUUUUCUAUGGCACUCCAAACCACAACUCCUCUCAAAAGCCUAGAAAGUGCAUCUCUAAAGAGCAUGCUUGCUUCUCAAAGCAGAUGAUCCAAAAGCAGAUUCGCAGAGAAUAUGUGGCUGCUGUGGAGGAAAAACUCAAACAGCAUCCUCUAGCUAUGUACCCGCACUAUAAGGAUCACAUGACCCCAGAGUUAUUUGAUAAGGUGGUAUCUGUUUUGGACCCAGAGAUGUGCGUAAACAGCGCCUCUGCACUUCCUACGCCUACGGGAGACCAUGCAGAAGAAAACACAUGUACAGUGCCAAGUAAGGAAGACGUGGACAGAACAAAAGACAAUAAAAUAAUGAAGACACAAAUGUCACUGAAUCUGCAAUAUGAGGCGGUUUCGACGAAGGCCUUCAAGACUUUUCAUUACCAGCUUUCUCGGAUCAAGAAUGAAACCCUGUCACGGCCACAAAAAGGCCGAGCAGAGUCGAAAAGAGUAAAGUUCACCAAAUCAGAAGUUCACAUAUAAUGGUAGAAUGUCAUUUUUGAUGGCUGCUCAUUAGAAAAAUCAAAGAACAAGGAGAUGUACUUGAUAUCCAAAACGUUCUAAGAUCAGGACUACCAUUUGCUACAUAAUCUCAAGACGAUUCAUGUCCCUUCCAAAACAUUUGUCAUUUGUCAACAGUUGACAGGAUGAGGAGCUGAAACAGAUGUAUGUAACCUUAACUGUCUGGAGUUAUGUAAUCCACAAUGGACUGAGACUGCCAGCAGGAGAAGGCAAGACUAUACAUUUAGAGGUGUUUCAAAAGACAAGUCAUUGGGUUUGCCAUUUGUUUACAGGAAAGGCUGUUCAAAACCACACUGCAAAAAGAUGAGAAAAAGGAGAAGCGUGUCUAAAAUAUGUCUCCUUUUCUUACCGCAGUUUCUGACUAAUCUAAUUUCUGCAGAGGAAAAAGGAACUGAGGAGAAGGUUGGGUCUGUUUCAGCGUGCAGUACAAGGAAACAUUGACAAUUAAGCACCACGUCUAAGAAGAGGUUUUAAGUUUAAUUGGUGCCUACAAUUAACCUAAACAGCCAGUACAGACGCUCACUAUCUCACUAUUUGUACCAUGCUUGUCAUACUGUGUGUUCGGUGUCAAAUGUGCAAAUAUGAUACAUCUUCAAUAUGCAAAACAUAGAUUCUUUUUUUUUAAUAUGCAUGAUUUCUGUUAUUAAAAACAACAGUUCAAAAAAGAUCCAUUGAAAAAACUUUAUUUAAAACAUAAAUUACAAAAAUAAACUUGAUUGGUGAUUUUAUAAAACCAUCUUCAUCUGGGGAGCCUUUUGACAUAAAACAGGAGUUUUCUGAAAGACAAAAUAAUAAUUAAAUUAAUUUUGAGUCAUGGGAUUACAGUUACUAUAGUCAAUCAGUGGCAUUUAUACUAUUUUAUUAAGAACUGUGAAGGGUGUGAGCUGCUGAAGGACAAGUAUAACAGUGAACUUCUAUUGCUGAAGUGGGUUUCAGUUGCCUCAUUACGUCCUCCUGACGCCUCAGACUUGCAUCCUACAGUUGAUGAAAUAUUGUGUGAAAACGUCAGUCUGUCUUAUCAUUUGUUAUUGAUUAACUGUAGGUAGGUAAUGUUUGUGUGAAUGUUAUUCGCUUUCCCUCUCAUGUGAUAUACAGCUGAUACAGUAUCUUUCAGAAAAACGCACAAAUACAGUAGCUCAGUCUGUGUACGCAGGUGGCUCUCGUUAACAAAUUUAAAUCUCUUGUCUUCACAGUACAUUGAAAAUGUUUUCUUGGAUUGUUUUUCCUAACAAAAAAGUUGCAAACAAAAAACUGUGGAGCUUAAUAAAUCACAAUCUGUUACACUGUGUGCACCAGAUACAUAAACUGUGUAUUUAUAAUGUACAAUAUUAACAAUUUACUGAUAAGAGGAGCCAGCCUCAAGUCCUGGUGUUAUGCUGGUCAUUCUUGGCUUUUUGCGUCAGAGGUCAGGAGAGAAUGGACGGGGGACCUGCGGCCCAGUGAGAGUAGCUGUAGGAGGGAAGUGUGCCUCGCUGCAGUUGCUGGACUUGUUAUAACCGGGCCUAGAAAAGUCAUAAUGUAUACAGUAUGUUAGAACGAAUAAUCAAUCAUCAAAAUGAUUACAGAUCAUUUUUCUGCUGAUUGGCUGAUUGUUGGAGGUCUAAUCUUAAGUUGUAUGGCCGAUGAACCCUGCAUUUAUGAAAGGAGU